UCAACUUUUUUUUAUAAACUGUAUAUUAUAUUAAUAUAAAGCACACGAAAAUGGUGUCCACGUCAAUCAUUUUAAUCGCGGUAUUGAUUGUCUCGGGCGAGGGUCACCUCCGAGAUCAUGCCAAACAGAAGUACAUCGGAUCGUCGUUUAGGACCGAUGCCCUCAGCGACCAGAAAUACCUGGAAAUACAGGGCCAGGAGUUCAAUUGCGUGUCAUGCGCGGAUAUAAUAUGGGGGGUGCUGGAGCCAGUACGGGGGCAGUACAACUGGGGACCCGUCGACAAAGUGAUCGCAUAUGCAGAGCAACACAAUAUGAAGAUCAGGGGAUCUGUCCUCAUAUGGCACGAACAGUUGCCCGAAUGGAUUGCGGGACUGGAGGGCAAAAAGGCUGAGCUCGAGCAAGUGAUGAAGGACCAUAUUAAUACAGUGGUUGGACGUUUUAAAGGUAUAGAU